GGCAGGCAGGGAAUUGAUGACAGUUCCAGCAAAGGUAAUUUCAUAUUCAUCCAACCAACCAGGUCUUACGGCAAGGUAAAUGAACGGAUUCUCAUCGACCCAGGGUAUUCCGGUGGCUGAAUGGAUCAAAACACCUACUCGAUCUACUAAAGCACAAAGUUCAUUAAUAUUCAGCUUGAAAUGGCCAAGAUUUUGGGAUUAUCUUGACCAUCAGUAUAAAUUAACGGCCCAUCAAGAUUCAAUUAGUUCAAAUCAGACCCAGAGAAAGAGGAGAAACAACUUUUUGCUACAAAUAACUGCAACACUGAUCUUUCAAAUCGGAAUCAUAAUCACCCAGGGAAUACUAUUCAAUCAUAUGCUAAGAGUUAAUAUCUAUUUGUUUAUCCAUUUUGGUCAAUUUUGUCUGACAGCGAUUCUGGUUGACACUUCGGUCAAUCUGGCAGGCUUAUUCAAGAGCAUUAGUUUAUCAUUAAAAUCAAUUGGCUCAUCAGAACUUCAACUCGAAAAACUUCGGCAACUUCGACAACUUUACCUGUUAACUGUUCGAGCUACUGAAUCGGCUGAAACUUUCUUUCAAUUCCUGGUCACUUUACAUUAUGUUUCCAACUUUGUUGACUUGAUUUUUUUAGCUCUCAACUUUAAAUCAUCUUCUAAUCAAUUUCUGAUUCUUUGGAUACAAUUGGUCACAUUCGGUGUGACUCGUUUAAUUUACUUGACAUUAAACAUGUCCAGUGUUCAUGUCAAUUCAAAAAGGGCUUUUGAACAUUUGUAUCAACUUUCAUUGAACACAAAUCGUAUUUCAGCUCUUGAAGAAAUCCAUAAAUUCAUGAUGAGAAUUUCAUCUACUAACAUUGGAUUCACUUUCGCUGAUCUACUUUUAAUCUCUCCUAAUUUCAUCACAUCUCUACUUUCAUUCUCGUUUACCAUUGGAAUUGCUCUAAUUGACAAAGUUAAUUGAGCCCAAUCGAAACAAUAAAUUCGUAAAGUGCUUA